AUAUCUCCUUUUUUUCUUCUCUACUCUUCUAAUGGAUCGUCUUUUUCUCUUAUCUUUUCUCGCUUUCGCUCUUUUCUCGUCGGCGAUUGCUUUCUCCGACGACGAUCCGUUGAUCCGACAAGUUGUAUCGGGAAACGAUGACAACCAUAUGUUAAACGCCGAGCAUCACUUUUCACUUUUUAAGGCUAAGUUUGGAAAGAUCUAUGCUUCUCAGGAGGAACAUGACCAUAGAUUGAAGGUAUUCAAGGCUAAUCUUCACCGUGCGAAGCGUCACCAGCUCCUUGACCCUUCCGCUGAGCACGGUAUUACGCAGUUCUCCGAUUUGACUCCGUCGGAGUUUCGCCGGACUUACCUUGGACUUAACAAGCCCCGACCUAAUCUUAAUGCCGAGAAAGCUCCAAUCCUCCCGACUAAAGAUCUUCCAUCUGAUUUUGACUGGCGUGAAAAAGGAGCCGUCACCGAUGUUAAAAAUCAGGGCUCAUGUGGAUCAUGCUGGUCAUUCAGUACGACUGGAGCAGUGGAGGGAGCUCACUUUUUGGCGACCGGAGAGCUUGUGAGCCUUAGUGAACAGCAGCUUGUGGAUUGUGACCAUGAGUGUGACCCGGUGGAAAAAAAUGAUUGUGAUGCAGGUUGCAACGGUGGUCUUAUGACUACUGCCUUCGAGUAUACCCUUAAGGCUGGAGGUCUCCAACUGGAGAAAGACUAUCCUUACACUGGCAGGAAUGGCAAAUGCCACUUUGACAAGAGCAGAAUUGCUGCCUCUGUAUCCAACUUCAGUGUUGUUGGUCUUGAUGAAGACCAAAUUGCUGCUAACCUGCUGAAACAUGGUCCUCUUGCAGUGGGGAUCAAUGCUGCUUGGAUGCAGACAUAUGUUAGAGGAGUUUCAUGCCCAUUAAUUUGCUUCAAGCGUCAGGAUCAUGGUGUCCUCCUAGUCGGUUAUGGAUCUGAAGGUUUUGCACCUAUACGUCUCAAGAAUAAGCCUUACUGGAUCAUCAAGAAUUCUUGGGGAAAGACUUGGGGAGAACACGGAUAUUACAAGAUCUGCAGGGGUCACAAUAUCUGCGGAGUUGAUGCCAUGGUCUCUACUGUGACUGCCACACAUACUACUAAUCCUAAUCUUUAAGAUGAAAUAUAUCCCAAGAAUGUUGUCUGUAAUCAGCGAUUUUACUGCCAUUACCCUAAUCUUUGUAAAUAUAUUGGUCAGUAAUGUAUUGUGAACUCAUGUCUUGGAUUUCAUCAGCACCUUAUUAUCGUGCCUCAAACCAUGUACUGGGAUUUGUAUCUGUAGUUUUAUACUGCAAAUAAUUGGAGUUUGAAUUUUUAAGUUAUU